CAAAGCUACCACACAGGAAGUUUUCUCUGACAGCGGAGAGCAUUUGCUGUGUGAUUUGAAGAAAACAAUAGUGUUUUCUGCAGCUGAGUUCACGUUGCUUACUUUAUUCAGACAUAAAAAACCAAGUUGAUGAUUAAACGCGAAGCUAAGAUGUUCGCGGGGCUUCCUGAGCUCGGGAUAUCUAACGGAGAGGAUCUGAAAGAAACUCUCACCAACUGCACGGAGCCUCUGAAAGCUAUAGACCAGUUUCAGAUGGAAAACGGCAUCCUGCUGCCAACGCUCCAGUCCGCCCUUCCCUUCCUUGACCUCCACGGGACGCCUCGGCUGGAGUUCCACCAAUCCGUCUUUGAUGAGCUCCGGGAAAAGCUGAUGGAGCGCGUUGCCAUCAUCGCAGAGGGAAAGGAAGAAGACAGGUACAAAAAGCUGGAAGAGCUGCUGGAGAAAAGCUUUCCACUGGUGAAAAUGCCGUCCAUCCAGCCGGUGGUGAUGCAGGUGCUGAAGUAUCUGCCCAAGGUACCAGAGAAGAAGCUGAAGAUGGUGAUGGCGGACAAGGAGCUGUACAAGGUGUGUGCUGUGGAGGUGAAACGGCAGAUCUGGCAGGACAACCAGGCUCUGUUCGGGGACGAGGUGUCUCCGCUCCUGAAGCAGUACAUUGUGGAGAAGGAAUCAGCUCUGUUCAGCAGCGACCUUUCCAUCCUUCACAAUUUCUUCAGCCCUUCUCCGAAAACACGAAGACAAGGCGAGGUGGUUUUAAAACUGACCCAGAUGAUCGGGAAAAACGUGAAGCUGUACGACAUGGUGCUGCAGUUCUUACGAACGCUCUUCCUGCGAACACGAAACGUGCACUACUGCACGCUGAGAGCCGAGCUGCUGAUGUCGCUCCACGACCUGGACAUCAGCGAGAUCUGCUCCGUGGACCCCUGCCACAAGUUCACCUGGUGUUUGGACGCCUGCAUUCGGGAGAAGUUUGUGGACGGGAAGCGAGCCAGAGAGCUGCAGGGGUUCCUGGAUGGGGUGAAGAAGGGACAGGAGCAAGUGCUGGGGGACCUGUCCAUGAUCCUGUGUGACCCGUUCGCCUGCAACACCCUGGUCCUCAGUAUAAUGAGGAACCUGCAAGAGCUGCUGAGUCAGGACGCUUUGCCCAGAGACAGUCCGGACCUGAUGCUGCUGCUGAGGAUGCUGUCUCUGGGUCAGGGAGCGUGGGACAUGAUUGACAGCCAGGUCUUCAAAGAGCCUCGUCUGGAUUUGGAGGUGGUGACCCGCUUCCUGCCGGCGAUGAUGUCGGUGGUUGUUGACGAUCACACUUUCACCGUGGAGCAGAAGCUUCCCAGCGAAGAGAAGAGCUCGCUGAUGUACCCCACCACCCUGCCAGACACCUUCAACAGAUACCUGCAGGACAACAGAGUGGCCUGUGAGAUGGGUCUCUACUACGUCCUCCACAUCGCCAAGCUGAGGAACAAGAACGCCUUACAGAGGCUGCUGCCUGCUCUGGUGGAGACCUACAACGACAUGGCCUUCAGCGACAUCUUCCUCCACCUGCUGACGGGGCACCUCACCCUUCUGUCUGAUGAGUUUGGAUCAGAGGAGUUUUGUUCGGUUGUGUUCGAUGCUUUUCUUCUAACUUCGUUUUCCAGUAAGGAAAACGUCCACAGACACACCCUCCGCAUGCUGCUGCACCUCCACCACAAAGUGCUGCCGUCACACCUGGAAACACUGAUGAAAAUUCUUGAACCUCCAAAACAGAGCAGCGAGCCGCUGAAGGAGCUCUACACCCAGCUGACGGAGAAGCUGGAGGCGCAGAAGAAGAGCCCACCACCACCGGACGAGACGCCAUCUCUGGAUCUGGGACUGCAUCCAGUAGCCGUUACCAGCACCACCACCACCACCACCUCCUCCUCCUCCACGCCAACCACGCCUCUCUGAGGAUUUGAGACGGGACGUUUCACGUUUGUUUGUUGUACCUGUUUCAUUUUUCACGUUUAGCUUCUGUAGGUGUUCGUCUUUCAGCUCUGGUGGUGUUAAAAAGAGUUUUUAUUCCUGGAAUUUGUCCACAUAAACAAGUUUAAUGUCUCCGGUUCUCUGUAACAUCUGAACUGUCAGCAGCUGCAAGAACCUGUAAAUAAACAGUUAUUUGCA